AUGCGGGAUGGCCAAGUAGAGCCCCACAACGUCUAUAGUGAGCCAGGAAGAAUUCACAUUCCAUUCCAAACCAUCCAGUUUGGAAAGCAAAUGUUUAGUAAGUUCAAACAAAGAGGAUACCCUGUGAAAUUAAUUGAUAGUGAGAUUAUAAAAGCACAGGAAUUAGGAGAAAAAAAUAUUGCUAAAAUUAAGAAAGAUAAUGAACAAAGGGUGAUAAUUUUAAUUUUUGUCCUGAUACAUAUAUUGGCAGCAACUAGUACAAACAGUAACAGGAGCACUAGUACAAGCAGCAACAGGAGCGCUAGUACAAGCAGCAGCACUAGUACAAGCAGCAGCACUAGUACAAGCAGCAACAGGAGCACUAGUACAAGCAGUAACAGCAGCACUAGUACAAGCAGUAACAGCAGCACUAGUACAAACAGUAACAGCAGCACUAGUACAAACAGUAACAGCAGCACUAGUACAAACAGUAACAGGAGCACUAGUACAAACAGUAACAGCAGCACUAGUACAAGCAGCAACAGGAGCACUAGUACAAGCAGUAACAGCAGCACUAGUACAAGCAGUAACAGCAGCACUAGUACAAACAGUAACAGCAGCACUAGUACAAGAGGUAACAUCAGCACUAGUGCAAGCAGUAACAGGAGCACUAGUACAAACAGUAACAGCAGCACUAGUACAAACAGUAACAGGAGCACUAGUACAAACAGUAACAGCAGAACUAGUACAAACAGUAACAGCAGCACUAGUACAAGCAGUAGCAGGAGCACUAGUACAAACAGUAACAGCAGCACUAGCACAAACAGCAACAACAGCACUAGUACAAACAGUAACAGCAGCACUAGUACAAACAGUAACAGGAGCACUAGUACAAACAGUAACAGCAGCACUAGUACAAACAGUAACAGCAGCACUAGUACAAACAGUAACAGGAGCACUAGUACAAACAGUAACAGCAGAACUAGUACAAACAGUAACAGGAGCACUAGUACAAACAGUAACAGCAGCACUAGUACAAACAGUAACAGCAGCACUACAAGCAGCAACAGGAGCACUAGUACAAGCAGUAACAGCAGCACUAGUACAAGCAGUAACAGCAGCACUAGUACAAACAGUAACAGCAGCACUAGUACAAACAGUAACAGGAGCACUAGUACAAACAGUAACAGCAGAACUAGUACAAGCAGUAGCAGCAGCACUAGUACAAGCAGCUGCACUAGUACAAGCAGUAGCAGGAGCACUAGUACAAACAGUAACAGCAGCACUAGUACAAAUGGCAGUAGCACUAGUACAAACAGUAACAGCAGCACUAGUACAGGCAGUAGCACUAGUACAAACAGUAACAGCAGCACUAGUACAAGCAAUAACAGCAACACUAGUACAAGCAGUAACAGGAGUACUAGUACAAACAGUAACAGGAACACCAGUACAGGCAGCAACAGCAGCACUAGUACAAGCAGCAGCACUAGUACAGGCAGUAGCAGCAGCACUAGCACAAACAGCAACAACAGCACUAGUACAGGCAGUAACAGCAGCACUAGUACAAACAGUAACAGCAGCACUAGUACAAACAGUAACAGCAGCACUAGUACAAACAGUAACAUCAGCACUAGUACAAGCAGUAACAUCAGCACUAGUACAAACAGCAACAGCAGCACUAGUACAAACAGCAACAGCAGCACUAGUACAAACAGUAACAGCAGCACUAGUACAGGCAGUAGCACUAGUACAAGCAGUAGCAGCAGCAGCAGCACUAGUACAAGCAGUAAUAGGAGCACUAGUACAAACAGUAACAGCAGCACUAGUACAAACCGUAACAGCAGCACUAGCACAAACAGUAGCACUAGUACAAACAGUAACAGCAGCGCUAGUACAAACAGUAACAGCAGCACUAGUACAAACAGUAACAGCAGCACUAGUACAAGCAGUAACAGCAGCACUAGUACAAGCAGUAACAGCAGCACUAGUACAAACAGCAACAGCAGCACUAGUACAAACAGCAACAGCAGCACUAGUACAAACAGCAACAGCAGCACUAGUACAAACAGCAACAGCAGCACUAGUACAAACAGCAACAGCAGCACUAGUACAAACAGUAGCAGCAGCACUAGUACAGGCAGUAGCACUAGUACAAACAGCAAUAACAGCAGUAUUAGUACAGGCAGUAGCACUAGUACAAGCAGCAGCACUAGUACAAACAGUAACAGCAGCACUAGUACAAACAGCAGCACUAGUACGAGCAGCAGCAGCACUAGUACAAACGGCUACAGCAGCACUAGUACAAAAAGUAACAGCAGCACUAGUACAAAUGGCAACAGCAGCACUAGUACAAACGGCAACAGCAGCACUAAUACAAACGGCAACAGCAGCACUAGUACAAACAGUAACAGCAGCACUAGUACAAACGGUAACAGCAGCACUAGUACAGGCAGUAGCACUAGUACAGGCAGUAACAGCAGCACUAGUACAGGCAGUAACAGCAGCACUAGUACAAACAGUAGCAGCAGCACAAGUACAAACGGCAACAGCAGCACUAGUACAGGCAGUAACAGCAGCACUAGUACAGGCAGUAACAGCAGCACUAGUACAAACAGUAACAGCAGCACUAGUACAAACGGCAACAGCAGCACUAGUACAAACAGCAACAGCAGCACUAGUACAAGUGGCAGCAGGAGCACUAUUACAAUCGGCAGCAGGAGCACUAGUACAAACGGCAGCAGCAGCACUAGUACAAGCGGCAGCAGCAGCACUAGUACAAGCGGCAGCAGGAGCACUAGCACAAGCAGCAGCACUAGUACAAACGGCAGCAGCAGCACUAGUACAAGCGGCAUCAGCACUAUUACAAACGGCAGCAGGAGCACUAGUACAAGCGGCAGCAGGAGCACUAGUACAAACGGCAACAGCAGCACUAGUACAAACGGCAACAGCAGCACUAAUACAAAUGGCAACAGCAGCACUAGUACAAACGGUAACAGCAGCACUAGUACAGGCAGUAGCACUAGUACAGGCAGUAGCACUAGUACAGGCAGUAACAGCAGCACUAGUACAAACAGUAGCAGCAGCAGCACUAGUACAAACAGUAGCAGCAGCAGCACUAGUACAAACGGCAACAGCACUAGUACAAACAGUAACAGCAGCACUAGUACAAACGGCAACAGCAGCACUAGUACAAGUGGCAGCAGGAGCACUAUUACAAGCGGCAACAGGAGCACUAAUACAAAUGGCAGCAGCAGCACUAGUACAAACAGCAACAGCAGCACUAGUACAAACAGCAACAGCAGCACUAGUACAAACAGCAACAGCAGCACUAGUACAAACAGUAGCAGCAGCACUAGUACAGGCAGUAGCACUAGUACAAACAGUAACAUCAGCACUAGUACAAACAGCAGCAGCACUAGUACAAACUGCUGCAGCAGCACUAGUACAAACAGUAGCAGCAGAACUAGUACAAAUGGCAACAGCAGCACUAGUACAGGCAAUAACAGCAGUAUUAGUACAGGCAGUAGCACUAGUACAAGCAGCAGCACUAGUACAAACAGUAACAGCAGCACUAGUACAAACAGCAGCACUAGUACGAGCAGCAGCAGCAGCAGCACUAGUACAAACGGCUACAGCAGCACUAGUACAAAAAGUAACAGCAGCACUAGUACAAAUGGCAACAGCAGCACUAGUACAAACGGCAACAGCAGCACUAAUACAAACGGCAACAGCAGCACUAGUACAAACAGUAACAGCAGCACUAGUACAAACGGUAACAGCAGCACUAGUACAGGCAGUAACAGCAGCACUAGUACAAACAGUAGCAGCAGCACAAGUACAAACGGCAACAGCAGCACUAGUACAGGCAGUAACAGCAGCACUAGUACAGGCAGUAACAGCAGCACUAGUACAAACAGUAACAGCAGCACUAGUACAAACGGCAACAGCAGCACUAGUACAAGUGGCAGCAGGAGCACUAUUACAAUCGGCAGCAGGAGCACUAGUACAAACGGCAGCAGCAGCACUAGUACAAGCGGCAGCAGCAGCACUAGUACAAGCGGCAGCAGGAGCACUAGCACAAGCAGCAGCACUAGUACAAACGGCAGCAGCAGCACUAGUACAAGCGGCAGCAGGAGCACUAGUACAAGCGGCAGCAGGAGCACUAUUACAAGCAGCAACAGCAGCACUAGUACAAACGGCAGCAGGAGCACUAGUACAAACGGCAGCAGGAGCACUAGUACAAGCGGCAGCAGGAGCACUAGUACAAGCAGCAACCUCAGCACUAUUACAAACGGCAGCAGGAGCACUAGUACAAGCGGCAGCAGGAGCACUAGUACAAACGGCAACAGCAGCACUAGUACAAACGGCAACAGCAGCACUAAUACAAAUGGCAACAGCAGCACUAGUACAAACGGUAACAGCAGCACUAGUACAGGCAGUAGCACUAGUACAGGCAGUAACAGCAGCACUAGUACAAACAGUAGCAGCAGCAGCACUAGUACAAACAGUAGCAGCAGCAGCACUAGUACAAACGGCAACAGCACUAGUACAAACAGUAACAGCAGCACUAGUACAAACGGCAACAGCAGCACUAGUACAAGUGGCAGCAGGAGCACUAUUACAAGCGGCAACAGGAGCACUAAUACAAAUGGCAGCAGCAGCACUAGUACAAGCAGCAGCAGGAGCACUAGUACAAGCGGCAGCAGGAGCACUAGUACAAGCAGCAGCACUAGUACAAACGGCAGCAGCAGCACUAGUACAAGCGGCAGCAGGAGCACUAUUACAAGCAGCAACAGCAGCACUAUUACAAACGGCAGCAGAAGCACUAGUACAAGCGGCAGCAGGAGCACUAUUACAAGCGGCAACCUCAGCACUAUUACAAACGGCAGCAGGAGCACUAGUACAAGCAGCAACAGCAGCACUAGUACAAGCAGCAGCAGGAGCACUAUUACAAGCGGCAGCAGGAGCACUAGUACAAGCGGCAACAGCAGCACUAGUACAAGCGGCAACAGCAGCACUAGUACAAACGGCAGUAGCAGCACUAGUGGCAGCAGGAGCACUAGUACAAAUGGCAACAGCAGCACUAGUACAAGCAGCAGCAGGAGCACUAGUACAAGCAGCAGCACUCGUACAAGCAAUAAUAUUGCAAUACUAAUAGGAUUUAAUUAA